AUGGUGGAGGUCUGGAAGGCUGUCGGCAUGGACAUGGAGCGGGUGCAGUUCCUCAACUGCUCUGAGGAGAUCAACUCGCGGUCUGAUGAGUACUGGACUCUGGUGAUGGACAUCGCGCGGCGCAACAGCCUGAAGCGCGUGGUGCGCUGCAGCCAGAUCAUGGGGCGCAACGAGAGCGACGACCUCAGCGCGGCCCAGAUCAUGUACCCCGUCAUGCAGUGCGCCGACAUCUUCUUUUUGAAGGCGGACAUCUGCCAGCUGGGCAUGGACCAGCGGAAGGUGAACAUGCUGGCACGUGAGUACUGCGACGCCACCAAGAAGAAGUUCAAGCCCGUCAUCCUGUCACACCGCAUGAUGCCGGGCCUGCUGGAGGGCCAGGAGAAGAUGAGUAAGUCCGACCCCAACAGCGCGAUCUUCAUGGAGGACUCCGAGGCCGAGGUCAACACGAAGAUCAAGAAGGCCUACUGCCCGCCGCAGGUGGUGGAGGGCAACCCCUGCAUCGAGUACGUCUGCUACAUUGUGUUCCCCUGGUUCGGCAAGUUCGAGGUGUCCCGCAGCGAGGCCAACGGCGGUGACAUCACCUUCACCACCCCAGAGGAGCUGCGGGAGGCGUACGCAUCCGGCGCCGUGCACCCAGCGGACCUCAAGCCGUCGCUGUCGCGGCACCUCAACAAAAUUCUGCAGCCGGUGCGCGACCACUUUGUCAACAGCCCAGAGGCCGCGGCGCUGCUCAAGCAGGUGCGCGGCUACAAGGUCACCAGAUGA